AGAGACGUUUUAGUAGUAGCGGUAUCAAAUAAUUAUGCUCCAUCCACUUUUAUUUAUUUUAUUUAGACAGUGCUACCCGGAAGUGUUUCGAUAACAACAACAGUGGAGUUGACCGAGUCGUCAAUUUAUUUAGGAUGUGGUAUUAGUCUGUGUUGCUACCAGAACGUGCACCUAAAUGUCACGUAACGUGGUGGUCUUGCCGAUAAUAUUACAGUUAACUAAGAAGAGUUUGUAACGUUAACAGUAACGUUGGCUGAAGUUAUGUUAUAGUUAGCCAACAUUAGCUAAGUUAGCUUAAAGCUGCAGUUAAGUCUAUGCGUGAAACACACCAGUAAGUUUGAAGCUGACCAGGUUAAAGUAUGGCUGACGACCCUCAGAGAAAUUUCCGCUCUGCAUAUUAUGAGAAAGUGGGAUUUAGAGGAGUGGAGGAGAAGAAAUCACUGGAAAUACUGCUAAAGGAUAAUCCUCUGGAUCUAGAAAAAUUGAGCACAUUCAGUCAGAGGUUCCCCCUCCCUUCUAUGUAUAGGAUUCAUGUGUGGAAGGUAUUGUUGGGCAUCCUACCUCCCCACAGUGACUCUCAUGCUCUGGUGGGAGGCUACAGGAAGGAGCAGUACCAGGACAUCCUGGAGGCUCUGGAGGUGAUGAGAUACAUCAAUUCUUCCACUUCCUCCACCCACAUCUACCUGCGCAUGUUCCAGCUGGAGAGCCAGGUGCUCCCACGGUGCUCCGAGACCUCAGUCCCGGAUGAAGAGAACGAGGACUUCCUUUCCAUCAGCCGAGCCAUGGAGGAGAUCGUAGAUGAUCCUGUCGACUGCUAUUGGCUGAUAAAGUGUUUUGUCAAUCAGUUCCACAUGAAGUUUGGAGACUCAGUACCUCACCUUCCGAAGAGUCUGGAGCAUUAUCUGAGUCAAGAGGAACCUCGACUGCUGAACCAUCUGAAGAACGCCGGAGCCCUGGCUCAGCUGCCCUACAGCCUCUGGUUCAGACGCUGCUUCGCUGGCUGCCUGCCCGAAUCCAGCCUGCAGAGGGUGUGGGACAAAGUGAUCAGUGGCUCCUGUAAGAUCCUGGUGUUUGUGGCCCUGGAGAUUCUGCUUAGCUACAAGAUCAUAUUGAUGAGCAUCAACCGGUCUGAAGGCGUGGUCAAGUUUCUGUGCAAUAUCGUUUCGAGCUGGCAGGAGGGAGAAAGAGAGCGUAAUCAAACACGUUCCUCUGCUGUCGGCCGUUGACUCAACCGCCUGAAACAAAUAGUGACACAUCUAUUUCAGGAAAUCUAUUUUUACCGGAUUUCUGUGUGUGUAUACAGAUCAUCAUAAUUGUACUUGAUUAAUGCAAAAUCUUAUGCAGGCUGAAAUUUUCCUCUUGUGAACAGGGAAGACAAGCAGACUGUGCAUGUGGUGUACUUUUUUAUGAGGUUAUAUUUUGUGAGUCUUGCAGGCGCCGACUCUGAGGUGGUGCAGUGACUCAUACAGAUGUAGGGUGAUUGAUUGGGACUGAGAAAAAAAAAAUGAGGAGAAAAGUAAAAAGAUGCCAAGAGUAGGAGGUUGUGACUGUUGAGAGGGUCAGAAGAGAAGCCAGAGGAGGAAGAAAAUGUUUUAUGAGUUUUGGUUCAUAGUUAGCUAACAAAAUUACAGCACGGUAUUUUUCAAGUGAAAUGGUAUCACUGUGACUAAAUCCUCUCUAACAAAUUGUUAGACACUCAUUUCGAGAUCAAAUCCACCUAUUCCACCAUAUUUAAAUCCAUGACAAGAAGCCCAUUAUUUUUUAUACCAGAACAUCUUAGAGUGUAUUACUGCCCUUACACAAUGGCCACUUUUAAUAGAAUUUCUUUCUCUAAACUGUCAUCUGUGUAUUCCAUCCACUUAAUGUGUGAUUUAUGCAUGUGACAAGUGGUGACUUAAGGUUAAAAUGUCUGUUUCAGCCAGUGUCCAAGCAUCAUUUUACAUUUGUUAAAACAAAAAUUUCAAUGCAAUUUACUUUAGGCAUCAUAAAGUAAAAAAACAGUUAGUCGAUAGCUAAACAUCCUCUGGUUCCAAAAAUAAGGAUUUGGUGCUUUCCAGCGUUUGAUAUCAUUGCAUGUUAAAUAUCUUUUCAACUGUUGGUCAAACAAAACAAGCCAUUUGAGGACUUGGGCUCUGAUAAAGUGUAAAUUUCUUUCUGUAAAUUUGUAAACCAAACUUUAAGAAAAUAAAAUAUGUAA